GAUGGCGAUCCCGAUGGCGGUGCGGCGGAGGUGGGGUCUGCUGAAAUUAGUACUCCUGUGACUAGGAGGAUGACUAGAAGAACUAAAUCAGUUCGUAAGCCAGGGGUGAUUCAGGAAUCUCAGUUUGAAGAGUUGGAACAUGCAGAAAUUAAAUCAGAUGUCAGUGAUAGCUCAGAGAUGCAGAUCACUGGGAAUGAAAGCACAGCUGUUCAGUCAGCACAAUCAGUUGCUGAACCACAAGUUGAUGGUGACGUGUCAGAAGCAGAAUCAAACUGCUCUACUGUGUCUGGUCUCCAGACACCUUUACUUGUAAGAGUAACACGAAGGCGACAAAUUGUAAUUCCUUAUCAACCAGAGUCUGCUGACAAAAAAAAAGACAAUACAGCUUUUGUAAAUAAGUUAAGUAGGAUUCUGGAUGAAGAUGAUGUCUCUGAAGCCGAGUCUUGUUCCUCUGUUGUUUCUGGUGUCCAGAUGCCUAAUGUUCCCACAAGUACAAGGAGCAGACAAAGUAAAAAGAAACUGCAGCCACAGAGAGUUUGGGAAGCCCAGAGUGAAGAUACUUCUGAUGCAGUAUCAUGUCUAAGUUCUCAUGUGGAACCAUCUGUCACUACCAAACGUAUUACUAGGAGCAUGCAAAUUAAGUCACAUGCAGAAAAUACUAAGCAGACUGAGAAAAAAAAUAGAUUUGUUUCAGAAGAUGGGAAUUUAUUUGAGGACACUGUUGAAUCUGAGCCCACAAUUUCUGAUUCUAGACCUACUGCAGAACUUGUCAGUGACACAGGAGAUGCUUCCACCCUCAUUGACAGUAACACAGAGCCCAGUCCACCUAAAAGCAAAUGUGCUUCCAAAUGUGCUACUGCACCCCAGAGUGAAGACAUGAAAGAAGAGAUUUUAAAUGAUGUGACAUCCAGUCUUACAAAAACAAAACAAAGCAAUGCUAAGUCACCUGUGAAAAAACAAAAAAAAAAUACACAGUCUGUUGAGACAGACCAUUCAGAAGCAAUAUGUGGCCAAAUACAAGCAGAUCACAGUAAAAUACUUGCGAGGGAGGGGAAAUUAGAGCGUGUGGCUGUUUCUUUGACUGACUGCAUGAGUCCCAAAAAAUUUCUAGAAUCCCGAGGACAAGAAACGCCAAAUGAAAGUAAGAAAAUUGCAGAAUGUGAAAGAGCAGAUGCUGAGGCAGAUGCACAGCAGUCUUUGUCAUGUGAUGAGAAAUUAAGGAACAGUAAGCAAACCAGUGCAGUGAGCAGCCCAUCAAAGGACAUGGCUGUUACACAGACAACUAAAAGCACUGAUAAAAGCAGGAUGUGUGAAAUUGGUGCAGACAGUGGUGACAACCAAUCAAAAGAAUAUGUAGUAUCCCACAGCAGUAAAAAACCAAGCAGUGAUAGUGACUCUGUUGCAUUGUUUCUGAGUGAAAGUGAUGACUCUGAAAAUAGUGAUGUGGCAGACAUAGAUACAGUUAAUAAGAAUCUGUGCUAUAAAAAGUCAGAUGAGAGAUCUCCCUCCUUCAAAAAAUCUUUAAAAAGCGGUUCGCUGCAUGUUGAAGGUCUUUUUGUAAUUGAUACUGAGCCUGGCAUGAGUUCCAGCCAAAAGUAUUAUCUGGAUGAUGUAGACCAAGACAGUGGUGAUGAAAGUAAGCAUGAAGGAGAUGAAAAAGAUAAAGAAUUAGACUUGGAAGAGGAUGAAGAGGAUUUGAUAGAUGAAGAUGAAAAAGAUGAAGAUGAUGAUACGUUGAAAAGUAAGGUUGACAUUUUGCAUCUUUCCAGUAGCAUAGACCCUGGUCUGAAUAUCAAGAAGCUUGGAGGUUUAUAUAUCAGUUUUGAUGCAAAAAAUCAGAAGUCUAGAUCGAGUGUGAUUAAACCACUGAAAGAGAAGGACCAGCUCUUGCAAAAGAGUGUAAUAACUCCAGACUUUGAAAGAAAGGAAUGUGUCCCACCCUACAAGGAGUCACUUCACCAGCUAAAGAAGCAGCGCAGGGCAGAGCGAGAGAAAACAACAGGUGAUGGCUGGUUUGGUAUGAAAGCACCAGAAAUCACAAGUGAACUGAAAAAUGAUCUUAAAGUUCUGAAAAUGAGAGCGUCUUUGGACCCCAAGCAUUUCUAUAAGAAGAAUGAUAGAGAUGGUCUCCCCAAGUACUUCCAGGUUGGAACUGUAGUUGAUUCUCCCAUAGACUUUUACCACAGUCGAAUCCCUAAGAAACAGAGGAAGAGAACAAUUGUGGAAGAGCUGCUUGCAGAUUCAGAGUUCAGAAGAUAUAAUAAAAAGAAGUAUCAGGAGAUCAUGAGUGAAAAAGCAGCUUUUGCAGCAGGGAAGAGGAAUCGGAAGAAGAAGAAAUUUCACAAUUAAGAAUUGAAGAAAAAUACCAAGCUGGAACAACUUACUUGUUAUAAAACUUUCUUACAGAA